UCUCGAGCUGAGUGCGCGACUGCUUCUGCUGCUUGAGUUCUGAGCGACAGUGCGCGAGCUCCAAACACUGGCGAGCCACCUCAACGGUUUUCAUCACAACUGGAAAUUAGGAGGAUCCGAGAGAAAACAAAACAAACAAAAAAAACUUUUCAUACCCGUUUACAUCUUUUUAUUUCUUGGCUUGCUUUUGUGUCGCGGGAAAAACAGUCUCUUUUUUCUACUUCACGAUGUUUUCUGUCAAGUUUUUUUGGCUCUGAGAGACACUGAAGACGAAGAUAACUCUUUUCAUGUAUUCAGCGCUGGAGUCAACUUUUGAGGUAAACUAACAAAUGAGGAAAAACGAGUGUCAGCGUUCGUGCGAAUAAUAAAGCAACUCGAACACUUGAAGAGAGAGAUACAUGAAGAGGAAGAAAAGACUUUUCCCCGCUGAACGGGACACUUGAAAGUUUGUUUUGCGCGAGCGCUAGAAGAUGCAUCACUGAAACAACACCGGUACCGAGUGACCGUUGCAGGGUAAUUUCUAGUCACUUGGCACCUGACUCCAGAACAGAUGUCCAAGGAGGACCGCAGCCACAGUGUCAGCCCACCCGAACCUCCAGAUGGAGCCCAACUGGACACCCGGCCCAUGGAAACUCUCACCGCGCCAUGUGCAGAAGGGAAUAAAACCGGUGAGGAGACAGCACAGAAUUCAAACACCCCACCCAUGGAAAAGACAGGAGACGCGGAGAAUGGCAACAACAACAACAGCUUGUCCCAACCGGACCUCACUAGCACUCCUGGCAAAAGCAUAACAUAUCAACCUCAGGCACGGUCUACGCCCAUACACCCCAUGCUACCUAACUCGGCCGAAUCAGCGGCGCUGCUCAGGAGAGACAGCAAGCCGCACAGCAACGGGGUCAGAAACGGAACCUUUUCGCGAGCCGCCUCGUCAUCCUCCUCGUCUUCAUCAACAGCCCAUAAAAACCCCAAGAAACUGCAGUCGAACCCGUCCAUCAACAGUCAGAGGAGCAAAGGAAGCUCCAAAUCCAACAGCUCCCAGAUCCCCACAGAGGCCCAGGAUGAUUGCUGUGUCCACUGCAUCCUGGCCUGCCUGUUCUGCGAGUUUCUCACACUGUGCAACAUCGUGCUGGACUGCGCCACAUGCGGCUCCUGCGCUUCAGACGACUCGUGCUUCUGCUGCUGCUGCGCUUCGGAGGAAUGCGGCGACUGCGACCUGCCCUGUGACAUGGACUGCGGCAUCAUCGACGCGUGCUGCGAGUCUGCAGACUGUCUGGAGAUCUGCAUGGAGUGCUGCGGGCUGUGCUUCUCCUCCUGAGACUCUCGCAGGGGCCGCUGCCUCUUUCGCCGAUUUAGGACCUGAGAAGAAACGAGCAAAGUGUGACGUCUGAUGAUCUGGAGUUGUGAGUUAGCUUUCUUUUGAACUGUCUUGCUAGGAGAAGGGUUGACGAUCCUACGCUUGUGCAGUAGUCUUUAUACAUAUGGCUGGUUUCUGCUUAAAAUGUUUUGUAGAAUUUGCAUUGGCGUGAUGCUGAAUACAAAUACAUCCAAAAGACUUAAGAGGCCACCGAGAAAAGCCAAGAAAUGCUUGAAAAAGUCAGAGUUUGUUAGUUAUUUCAAAUCGUGCCAAACAUCUGAUGAAUGCACAGCUGUCCAGUGGUUGCACUGCAACUCAGAUCUGUUGUCUCUUAAAAAGGAAUACAUAUACAAAGAUCCCACAGACAAUCAAAACUACCCCUAUUUUGUCAUUUUAAUCCCAAAUAUCACCUCUCCGCACGCACACUUACUGUAGUACACUGGUGUAGUCCUUUCAGGAUUACAAAAGCCAUAAACUGUGAGUGUGAAACUCAUAGAUGUAUGCGAGUGGGAGAAAGACGUGUGUAUUUAAUAUAUGGUGCCGUAUUACAGUUGUAUCAUAGAUUGUAUAUAAAAACGUGAAAAGAAUCCUGUCACUCUCUACAUUCGGUCCUGUGAUGUUCUUAUUCUCACUCUUUCAUUGAUCAGUCAAUCAGUCUUCUUGCGUACUGGAGUUUUAUACUGUAAGCGGUUGUGAAUUGCUCCUCAUUUUUUUCAAUGUGAAAUAUCUGUUUGGUAAUUCCAAUACCUUCCAUUUAAAUCAGUUGUGUGUGAAUCUAAGUGUUAAAUUUAUGUAUCUACCUAUUGUAUUUUUGUUUUAGUGUUUGCAGUAUUUUUUCAUCCUUUCUAAAAAAAAAAAAGGAUUCCUUACUGUCUACAUCUAGAGCAGCACAUGAUUUCAACACCCCAUAAUCCAAACCAUAAAACUUACAUAAUCAUCUCGCAGAAUGAUCGUGAAAAACAGUCUAUUGAUUUGAAUUGUUUACAUUUUAAGGACACAUCUCUAUUCUUGCUCGGAGGUAGACAGGAUGUGUUUAUAACUGGACAAGACUGUACAGCAAUGGAAUAAAAAACAGGAUAAAAGAAAUGUAUUACUGUUAUAUUUGGUGUGUUUUUAUAGUAACGGAUCCCAUUGUCUGGUAUCAGAGUUCAAACCCCAAAAUGUAUCCAAGGCAAAGGUUUGCAUUAUUUAAAUUUAGUUAAAUCUUAUUUUAUUAUUAAUUAAAAUGUUGAAAUAAAGAUGUACAACAUUAAGCUGUCA